CUGAAAACCAAGGGGGAUCGGCGAAGCGUCGACGUGCUGUCUUUGCGUCGUGAGGUGUGCUAGUUGGUGCAAAACAACGCUGCCACGAUUGUUGCUAUUCAGAAGGGACAAUUUUAUUUUCUAGUGUGUUUAUGCUCCAUAGGGCUGCUGGCUAGCGCCCCUGGCAAAAUCAGGGGAUCGGACUGACUAUGAACAACCAGAAGUUUUGCCUGAAGUGGGAUGGCUUCCAGAGCUCCAUCACGUCGGUGUUUGAUCACCUGCGGCAAGAUGAGGAACUGGUCGACAUCACCCUGUGCUGCGAGGGCCAGAGGGUGAAGGCUCACAGGAUGAUGCUGUCUGCGUGCAGCCCUUACUUCAGAGACUUGUUCAAGGACAACCCGUGCCAGCAGAUGGUGUUCUUCCUGAAGGACACGUCGGCCGCUGACCUACGGGCCAUCAUAGAGUUCAUGUACAAGGGCAGUGUGAACGUGUCACAGACUCAGCUGGCCAGUUUCAUCAAGACAGCAGAGAUGCUACAGAUCAGGGGUCUCAGUGGCGGCGAGGACCAGUCGUCGCCACCGUCAACGCCGUCGACGGCGGGGCGUCGCGGCGCGGCGCCGGCCGGCAGCCCGCCGGCCAAACGGACGCGCCGCUCCGGCUGCUGCCUCCUCAGCGAACCCCACUUCCUUGCUCGUCAGGUGGAGAAGGAAGAUCUAGCAGAAGACGGUGACGUCAGCCUGGACACCACGCUGGGCUACGUGGCCGAGUAUGAGGGAAGCUUCGGCGAGCAGGACCUCUCCAUAGGCGGCCACGACGGCGGCCGGCUCGGCGCCGAUCCCACAGCGGCCUCGGCUGCGGGACGACCCGGCGUCACAAGGUAG